AUGGAGGCAGACGCUCUUGCAUCGCAUUCGACUUUUGCCUUGUCGACGCGCCUCAAUUCGAAUUCUCGAAGGCAGCUAAGACGAGACCUUUCCACCAGGAGUCAGAAGUCACAGAAGUUGACGGAGCUGCGAGAAGCCAGGCAAAGACGGUCGCCACCACUACCAGUGGGGACACAACCAGACUCGCCAGCGAAACCGAGGUCCCGCCCAUCGCCCACCACGGCACCUAAGCCUUUGUUGCCUGCGACAGAGAGGAGAUCGGGGAAUGACGGGAAGCAUACCAAAUCCAAGAAGGAGUCGGAGGGGGAUAAGUGGGAUAUCGCACCAGAUGGAGGUUCUGCAGGUCGCGAAGGGAGGCAAUUCACUGUUGCCAAUGUAGGAAAUAAUGGCAAAAUUUACCUGAGGCCUACGGUUCGACCCGCAAACCAGCGGUAUCCACAGCCACAUUUUGUCUUUCCAGUUACACCGCCCAGUACAGCAGGCUUAGAUGCUUUUAGCAGUAGGAGGGAUAUAGGUGAUGGGACGAGCGAUUUCUACGGCAGCCAAAGCCAGUUGACUCCAUUGACGGCGCCUUCGUCUCCUGAACUCUCAAGACAGUCGAGGCCGUUCGACCCACGGAUAUCCAGAAGGUCGUCCCAUCAUCGACGUGCUGUGUCCGAAUCAACAAUUCAGGAUCCGAGCAUAGCUCGCGAAUCCGACAUUGGGGGAUUCAAAGUGGUAAUAUCGAAGCCGAGGAACGAGUCAAGGGCCAGGACAACCGAGGAUCUUGAUGCCGAUGGAAUGCCCCUGCUGCAGGUCUCGAUCCCGACGUGGAAGCUGGGCACACCGCAGUUCACUACUCGAGGAACACCCAUCAUUCGAGGUUCUUCUUACGCGCCAACAGAGGACGUUCGUUCAAGCAAUGUCUCGUUUUUUCCCAGGUCUCACGUGAAUUCGUUGCAUAACACACUGCAUCCCCAGUCGUCAAAUACCACAAAACCUAGUCCGACACCUCAUAUCACGCUCCCUUCGCCUCACAUGUUGGACCCCACCUCACCUCGACCCACUAUACCGUCUCGGGCAACAUGUCUCCUGACCGAUCUCGUCAUAGAACCGGGCAUGUUCGACAGCCUGACAUUCAAGCCGUUUUGCGACGAUCGUUCCAUUGUACGCUAUUCAUCCAACACCGGCGCAGUGACGGCAGCUGCGCCAUCGCGGCUCGUCGCGGAAAUAACCUCGCCAAGCUUCUUGGAUUACGAACUACUAUCUGAUUUCUUCCUCACGUUUCGCGCAUUUUUGGAAACUAGUGACCUGCUUCGAAUGCUGAUUGCCCGACUGAAAUGGGCUCUUCGCCGAGAUGACGAAACGGGCAUGGUCGUUCGAGUGCGAACUUUUGUAGCAAUCAGGCAUUGGAUUCUCAACUACUUUGUGGACGACUUUGUCGUAGACUACCAUCUCCGCGUCACAUUCUGCGAUCUUCUCAACGAAUUUGUCAAUGAGAUCUCCCAGGCCCCUCGUGGACAUAAGACACAGAUUAAGAUCCUGUCCGAGCUCAAGAAGUGCUGGAGACGUGUCUGCUCGCAAUACUGGGAUGGUCCUGAAUUCGACUCCAACUUGGCCCCCGAGUUUCCCAUCGCCCCCGGUGGCAUCGCUGGCCAUCGUAAUCCGAGUUUGGACCCGAGCUUUUGGGAGACGAAGUCGUACGAUCCACCCUGCCUAGGACUCGAAUUCAGCGAGCAUGAGGCACGUGGGGAGACAAGUUUCUACUUGGAUGUGGACAAGGCUGGUCAUAUCAACUCGGUUAUGCAUGUAGGCGAAAGGCCCAGCACACCACCAUCUCGGCAUACUGCCUCUUCGGAGAGGACCAGGACUCGAGCAUCGCCAACGAGCAUAGCAAGUUUGGACGUUAUUUCUUGCUCGUUCCCUAUUAAGAGUAUGCGAAUACCCGAUCCAGCAACAAACUAUCCGAUGACGACCCAUCCUGUUGAUCCCAGCUCAGUAUACGCGAAUACCGAUCCAAUCGCGCCAACCCCGCGUGCUUUGACUGGCAAACGGGUCCGGCCGCACAAGCGCAAUAACAGUAUUGCGGACUCACUCAGAGAGCACACGACAACAGAGAAGGUUAUUUACAAGAAUGCCGAGUUCUUGCUUGCCCUUCCGUACGCAGGCAGUCUGGUUCGUGGGAAUUUGCUCCCCCCUGGACAAGCAUUCGUGGACGUCAUGCCCCCAAGCUCAGCAGGCGGAAGCCGCCAAACGACAGUAUUCCAGCCAAGUCCACAAGUGCAGAAAGACAAGAGCGCUGCCUCAGCAGUGUCAGGUGCCGGGAUGAGGAAGCUGCUUGGGAGCGUUAGCCGAGCAUUGAGCAACAACAAAGGGCAGGCUGUUUCCCCUACGCAAGGGAACUUUCUCAAUACCUCUCCCACUGGACCUCGAGGUGUGACGGCAAAUCGAAUCCCUGGCACUGCCGUCGUACCUCAAGCAUCCCCACAGCGCCCGAACGAUUACCGACCAGCCGUCCGCGUCGACAUUCUGGGUGCUGAGGUAGCUGAAGACUUCAAGAAGGCCGUGCGAGAAGAUUCUGUUGAUGCUGCGACCCACGCACUUGCCAGCAAGAUAUUAUCUGAGAGUUAUGGAUAUUCGGCAGCCCAACUCAACUCCUCGUUCGAUCUUCCUCUUGGCUCGGGUUUCCGCCCCUUCAGUGACGCAGCUAUCACCGCAGGCAGCAAGUCAAUCGUCAUUGUCGACGACACGUUUCCUUCGGACUACCCCGCUAUGACCGGUGCGCUCCUUCCGUUGAAUGAUUCUGGCGAUAAUUUUGCAGGCAGCUUUGCCCGUCCAGAAGCAGAUCCCACGCCACCAAACACGCCGCCUGGCCGAAAUCUCCUGAACAACCCAUCGAGUUCAUCCUACCCACGCGGUCAGCACGUUCUGAGCCCAUCCUUACCGCUAGAGGAUCCUUUGCCACCAUUUGUUCCCGAUUUGGCGACGCUAGGGGGUAAAAGGCUUUCCGAGGAUACAGGGACGCGUCCGUCCAUCGACCGUCCAUCAAUGUGCUACAUCAAGCAAUCACCCAACCGACACCCGCUGACGAGCAUGAGAUACCACAAGAGACAGCAAUCCAGUCGCAGUUUCCGUUCCAAGCGAUCUAAUGCCCGAUCCAUGGCCAGGUCAGUGGCCCACCGCAGAUGGGCUUCUUUCCAGAGUGUGAUUCCGCAGUCAAUUAAGAGUUUUGAUGCCACAACCUACUCGGAGGCAGCAUCGGUUGCGUCGGAAGUGAUGUCCCCUCCGGCCCGAAUGCUUCGAAGACGACCUGGCGGAGAUCUGAGGGGUGUGCAAAAUGUGGCCGAGCUCGAUGCUUUCCCGCUACAGCGAUCGCGGUCGGUCGGCUCUCUUACAAUCUAUUCGGAGUCCUUGAGAAGUUCCUAUCUCUGCAGCCGCCGCCGGGAUUCCUGCGAUGGCUUCGUGGAUGUCGUCAGUAGCGAUUAUUCCCAUAACCGCCAGGAAGUUUUCUCUUUGGGGACUUUGGCAGAGAAGACGCCACAGCACCACGAGGUAUCCCUGUUCACUACCCACUCGUCUAAACCUGUAAUGCGACCUUCCUUUGAGGCUGAAGCCCAGAAACUGGCACAAAUACCCGAUGAUUUGGACGAUGAUGGAGGUGUCGAGUCUGCGUUAGCAAAGCUGGAAGGUAAGAUCUAUGAGAAAAAGCUGGCCAAGUUGCCUGUCUCAAUGCAGCCUUCCAACGAGUCUGUGCCCGGAGUCGCAAAUCAUAGCGUUGGGAGUGCGGCUGAUCUUCCUGUGGAGCACCCUACUACGCCAGAGAAGGAGAAGAAAAGGCACCGUAUCCAACAUGUUGGGGAUGAGCACAUGCUCCCUCAUGGCACCGAAGCAAAAACACGCUCGACACGUCACGUAUCAGAGACUUUAGGUGUAAAAUCGUUUCUAUCUGGUUCCCAAGAGUCUUACUCGUCGAUCCCACUGCUUGAUCGGGGAUUAACGGACGGCGGUCGAAGCAAAACAAAUACCCAAUGGACCAACCAGUCGAUCCUGCAGGGCCCAGAAGACAACCAAACCCCCGUCGACGAAGCCUCACCUUCCUGUACAUCUUUUGAGUUCAUUCAGAAGACUCAGAGCAUGGACCAAAUUAAGCCAGUGUCAAACGCCACUAGAUCCAGCGACUUCCAGUCAUUCCGUGACGUAUACAGCGACCGUGACUCUGAUCUGUCUUCUGAAUUAUCUCUUGAAGUGGUCGAAUCCGACGACUAUGCCGCCAAGUCGGCUAGAAGACCAAGCACGAUCAACACCGAGAUCCCGACUAAUGUCAACGCGCAAGCACACCGGUUGAUAGAUGAUCAUCCGCCUUCUCCUCCUACGACUAUGGAGCAAGUUCUUCAGUUGUCGCCGGAGACCGCGUGUGUGCCUCAGUUGCACGAGAAUCAAAUCUGGGAACAAAAGUCCCUGCCGUCAACCCCCGACACAACACCGUUUACUGCGAUGUAUCAGCAACGCAUGGCUUCUCCACGCGAUCCUACUGGGACACGGGAAGCUAUCCGGCAUACGCCACGAUUCCAAGACGACAUGAGUGAGCAGAGUUCAGUACACUUGCCUUUCAUACUUGCAUUUGAUUCGGAGGUCCUGGCCCAGCAGUUUACUCUGAUUGAAAAGGACGCCCUUAAUGAGGUUGAUUGGAAGGAGCUGAUCGAUAUGCGCUGGAAAAAUUCCCACAGUGACUGUCGCUCAUGGGUUGAUUUUCUUCGCAACAGUGACGCGCGUGGAGUCGAGGUAGUUGUUGCUCGCUUCAACAUCAUGGUCAAGUGGACUAUCUCGGAGAUCGUGCUUACACGAGAUAUUGAAGAGCGCGCGCGCUGCAUCAUCAAGUUCCUACACAUAGCUGCACACUGUCGGAAGUUUCGCAAUUUCGCCACUAUGAGCCAGAUUGCUCUGGCGUUGACGUCCAACGAGGUGGCGAGACUGACAAAGACGUGGACGAUGGUGCCUCCUCACGAUCUCAGGACCAUGCAAGAACUCGAAACCCUGGUGUCACCAACCAAGAACUUUUACAACCUGCGAGCAGAGAUGGAAGGAGGUGCAACUACCGCUGACACAGGAUGCAUCCCCUUCGUAGGCAUUUACACGCACGAUCUCCUAUUCAACUCGCAGAGGCCUUCGGAAAUUGCCAGUUCGCCGACUACUGCACCGCUGGUCAACUUUGAGCGCUGCCGUAUCGCCGCUUCCGUCGUUAAAACUCUCCUUCGUUUACUGGAGGCAAGCACUCUAUAUGAGUUCCAGCCAAUCGAGGGCAUCACCGAGCGUUGUCUCUGGAUGACUGCCCUUAAUGAUGACGAGAUCAGGCGGCAUUCUGAGGGCCUGGAGCCUUCACCCGUCUAA